UUCAGAAUGGCAGCGUCGGCCCUUUUCUCCCUCUGACUGUCACUUUGUUUCCUGUACAGCCGUCAGUCGCUCCAACAACAACAACAUGGCCAUACGCAGAAAAGACAGCUUCCUCUGGGGGAAAGUUCCACCUAAACUCCCCCCGGCAGAAAGCAGGCGGGACGACACCGUCAAGAUCGAGCUGCUGGAUGACAUUCAGAAGCUGAGGUUGGAGAUCAAUCACGGCAUGGCAGAAAUCCACAGCCCUGAACCUAAGGAGCACAAUAAAAAUGUUGUGAAGAACAGAAGAUUCCUGCGUGGAAAAAAGAAAUUUAACAUGGACCCCAAAACUGUGAGUUUACAUCCUUUUUUUCUUUUUUUUUGGCGUAAAUGAACAAAAAUAUAGGAUUCACUGAUUAGAAAUCCAGACAAAAUCAUUCGUUUGGUCGCCAUAGUUAGACUUUCCUCUCUUGAAAAAAAAACACUUUGUUUGCACAAGCAUUGAGACAUUUUCCUGCUAAGUGACCUCAGGUGGUCGUUAAAUCAGAAAAUGUCCUGAAAUGGCAUUUUGUUUUCUUUCAACUGGCAGCACCCUCUGGUGGCUUUGGUAAAUAUGAUGAGAGAACAGAAAGAAGU